UACAUUAUAGGAUGUUAAUCUAAACAAGAAUCCAGCAUAUGAAAACUCACUAUCUGUUAGGAUUGUCAGUGAAACGCCACCAGGACAAAUAAUUGAGAGACUAAAGGAUCACAGAAGAAAGCGUGGUCAAAAAGACAAGCAGCUCAUUCUAGACUGAAGAAGAGAAGAGCAGAGGAGACCCGAUGAGCGGUGCUUGAUGUUCUGCAGCGUGACGUAGAUGGAUGUGGAAUUUCCCCCGUGCUGUGUGUUGAUGUGAUUGGUGCCCUGGGUUUACCGUUUCAUGGACUGCUGUGGAGCCAUAGCGCUGAAAUUCACUCACACACAUACAGAACAUACCGAGACACAUAUUACAAUAUGUGCACAUACAGAGGACACAUUUAUGACUGCACUUGUGAGUAACAACAGACUUUUGGGCUCACCUUUCUCACAGCUGUGACAACAGUUGUUGACUUUUUGAUGAGCUUUUAUAGUUUUUAGAAGAAAAACAUUUUUCACCUUCUGGUCUUAAGGACAAAACGAGACUUCCGCUCAUUCUUCUUUAAGAAGCAACAACACUCUUACUUUUGAGACUGCUUCCUCACUGAAUCCCUACUGUGGUAAGGCUGUCCACAGAGGCUUGCCGUCAGCAUGCAGGUGUCAUUUGUGUGCACGGACCACCGGGCGGUAAGCCGGAGCACAGAAGACCGACUGAAUCGACAGAACACUAACAGCCCAAGCUUGGGGACCAAAAGCAAGUUUCGGACCGUGGCGAUGGUGGCCCGAAGCCUGGGACAUCUGUCUGUACAGAGCAUGCACUCUUCUGUUGACCAUUGCUUGAGACCUGGCAUGAAAUAUCGGAACCUUGGGAAAUCCGGGUUACGGGUUUCAUGUCUUGGGCUGGGUACCUGGGUCACUUUUGGUGGUCAGGUCACAGAUGAGGUAGCUGAGCAGCUAAUGACGCUCGCGUAUGAAAACGGUAUCAAUCUGUUUGACACGGCCGAAGUGUACGCGGCGGGAAAGGCUGAAAUGGUUCUUGGCAAUAUCAUCAAGAAGAAAGGAUGGAGACGCUCCAGUUUGGUCAUCACCACUAAAAUAUACUGGGGUGGAAAAGCAGAAACAGAAAGAGGCUUGUCACGAAAACACAUAAUAGAGGGUCUAAAAGCAUCACUGGAGAGACUACAGUUAGAGUAUGUGGAUGUAGUGUUUGCUAACAGACCCGAUCCCAACACACCGAUGGAAGAGACGGUUCGAGCGAUGACGCAUGUGAUUAACCAGGGAAUGGCCAUGUAUUGGGGGACUUCCCGCUGGAGCUCAAUGGAGAUUAUGGAGGCGUACUCGGUGGCGAGGCAAUUUAACCUCAUCCCUCCGGUCUGUGAGCAGGCUGAAUAUCACAUGUUUCAGCGAGAGAAGGUGGAAGUACAGUUGCCUGAACUCUUCCAUAAGAUAGGUGUGGGUGCUAUGACCUGGUCUCCUCUGGCCUGUGGGAUCAUCUCAGGGAAGUAUGACAGCGGUGUACCUCCAUGCUCCCGAGCCUCUCUCAAGGGUUACCAGUGGUUAAAGGACAAGAUCCUGAGUGAGGAAGGCCGCCGUCAGCAGGCGAAGCUGAAAGAGUUGCAGGCCAUUGCGGAGCGGCUGGGUUGCACGCUGCCCCAGCUGGCCAUCGCGUGGUGUCUGAGGAAUGAGGGAGUGAGCUGUGUGCUGCUGGGAGCUUCCAGCACCGAUCAACUGAUGGAGAACAUAGGAGCCAUUCAGGUUCUUCCCAAGUUAUCUUCAUCGAUUAUACACGAAGUGGACAGUAUACUAGGCAACAAGCCAUACAGUAAAAAAGACUACAGGUCCUAAAAGAAAACUCUGACUGUGUCGACCUGCUUCUUACUAUGACUGAAUAAAACACGGGACCAGCACUGUCACGAGUCCCUCAGGAGAUGCCAACCCGCACAAUACUCGGAGUCUGCUACUGUAAUAUUAGCCUGAGAAGCGGCACAGAUGCGCACAGGUAGACCGGAAGCAUGCUCACGAACAAAUCAGCUAGUACGGCUCCAUAAACAGCCAGUCCCAACACUAAAAAGAAACCACUCGCUCGCUUCCAUCCCUUUGUAGUAAACACUAAAGAAGUGCAUUAUUAGGGUUCCAGACUUAUUCUAGAGAUGCAUGAGAUCCACCGGCCAAUGCACGUGUGCUGCUUUCCUUCCAUUUUGGAAAAGUGCAUUCGCAUAAGCUAACAGGGAGAAAAUGUAUCCCUAAACUAAUGGUACUGAUGAAGCACUUUACUGAUAAACGCAAAUGUUAUAUGAAUGGACAAAAUCGAUAACCAAUAUCCUGCUUGUUUACAAGCAGUUGUAAGACUGUCAGAAAUAUUAAACCACUGUCAGACACAGGCCUCUACAAAUGUGCAAUAUCUGUAAGGGUCCAUAAACCUAGCUUACUUUCAAAGCUUUUUUAAGAAGAAAAUGGCCCUAUACAGCUUUCAGUAUUUAAGUAUAGAGAUGAUGAAACCAAAGAGUUCUGUGUGUCAUCUGUCCUGCUGUUUCCAUCCAAGAUAAAUUAAAAAAGCACGAGAUAUAUGAUGCUAGAUGUUUGAUCAUGUGAUGAUGUAUUUGUCACCAUCUAUUUAUCAUAGAUGUGUAAUUUUGAGUGCACUAGAUUGUUUUUUGUGUUUAUUUAUCUGUUUUGAAGGUGUAUGUGUUUGUGUGAGUGGGUGCGUGCAUGUGUUUGUGUGUUAGUGUAGAUAAGGUUUUGUUGUGUUAUGGGCAGUGGCUCCCUCUACUGAGCAAGAUGCUGUUUGUACAUCAUAAAGUAUCAUCAUGUUACUCUCUUUAAAUUUACACAGCAGUGGAUCCUAGAAGUUAUUACGCAUGUGUUUUCCUUAAACAUUCUUCCAGCAGUUUGUCUAUUCUGUUCAGACAUGAAACUAUGCCUAUGAAUAUUAAAAUAUUUAUUUGUCUGUGAGUUAUAUAUGCCUUAUUCAGUUAACCAUUUAUUUAGCAUGCGUUUCAUCUGAACCGAAAUAAGGCAUUUUAAAGGUGUCGGUUGUGAAUAGUAAGAGUGAGUGUGCUGAUAUGGGGACUAAAUAAAGGCUUUAAAAAAUAAUUUAAAUGUUAAUAUCAUAAUAAUUGUUCUUCACUAACGAUAGAUUCAAUGCUAAUGUACAUAUAUGUGUUGAUAAAUAUUUACAGCUGCCAUUGAGGCCUUUUGAAUUAAUCUUAUGUUUAUAGGGUUCAAACUAGUCUCAAUAAAUGUUGCAUUUAUAUACCAAUUCCUUCAAAUAUGGCCUGUUAAUUCAGUGGAUAAACUGUGUAUGAAAGUGUUGGCCUGUACUGUAUAUGAAGAUUUCGACUGUUGAUUGAACCACAUAGAGUUAAUAAUACAUUGGAACAGAACAGAGUAUCAUUUUAACCAAAGGCCACAGCUGGAUAACCUAAGUUUGAUGGAUUAGCUGAGACUCAUUGUAAAUGUUGUCUUUAUAUGUGUUAUUUCCAAUCAUGUCUGUCUGUCUGCAUUAUUAAUCGAGAGAUUUUAGUUGUAUGUCAAGCUUUGGGUCUUAUAUGAGCUGCUGUCAUAUUAAUACAUCGUAUUAAGUGUGUUUGCUCAGGAAGCCAUAAUAACUUUGUUAUUGAUAUCUGUACAACAUACAGUUUAUUCAUGAGGACGAUUGGUGUCAUUAAAUGAGAAACUGUUGGUGUUCUGAGUGUAAAGCUUUUAAAUGGCCUAAUAUUAAACCAAAAAAAAAGUCAUUUUAGUAAGAAAUUAUAAUGUUUAACAUAUCCUACUAGGAAUUGAUGACUGUUUUUGGAAUAACUUUUAUUCGACCAUUACUGUUAUGGUUUCUGUAUAUACACAAGUAGACAAAUAAUGCAGCGAUAUGUAGAUACA